GUUCCGUUGGCUGCGGCCACCGAAAAGGCAAGCUGGGGGCGGAAAAAGUCAUGGAUGAUUAUAAGACAACGAGCAAAUACAUGCUCAUAUCAUACCAUUGCUGCCCCCUAUCAUUUUCUAUUCUUCCAAACGCUUUUGGGUCUCUUCCUUUCGAUUAAGCUGGCCGGACGGAGACAUCAAACUUUUCAAUACGACCAACGGAACAAACACCAAAGUCUGAAGAUUUUGGAGUCUCGGAACAGACACUCGCUAUUUCACUCUACAAGCAAGGCCUAGAUCUGAAUCCCAAUGCGCUUUUCUGGCCGCUACUCGUUAUCCUGUUAUUGGGGAUCUGAGCAUUUAAUGUGUAUUUAUUUUACUGCAAACACAACAAAAACAAAGGAAACUUGCUAGGAGUCGCUUAAAUCUUUAAGAUUUGAACUGUCUAUUUCUAAAGUACGACCAACGGAACAAACACUAAAGUUUGAAGAUUUUGGAGUCUCGGAACAGACACUCGCUAUUUCACUCUACAAGCAAGGCCUAGAUCUGAAUCCCAAUGCGCUUUUCUGGCCGCAACUAGUUAUCCUGGUUGUGAGUGAAGUGAGCUCCUCUAGUUUUAGAUCUUCAGCUGCAAUGAAGCUUUGACUUUAGAACUUGUUUCUUGGCUGAGUCUUUCUACUUCAGAUUAAUUAGUUUCACUUGCAAGUUGGACUGAUAAUGGUUUUCUGGGAAGGAUAUGUGAGCGAUGAAGUGAUGGGCACCUUUGCACCUAUUGUGCUUUAUUGGAUAUAUGGUGGAUUUUAUCAGUUGCUACCACCUCUUGACAAAUAUCGGUUGCAUACUAGAAGAGAAGAGAAAGAGAAGAAUUUGGUGCCACUCUCAGACGUGGUGAAGGGUGUUUUGCUUCAGCAGCUUGUCCAGGCGACGGUUGCACUUUUCUUGUUGACCUCAAAGGCAAACGAAUCUGGGGUUAUAGUGCAGCCCUCCAUUCCCUUUCAAGUUGCGCAGAUCAUUAUAGCGAUGUUUGUCAUGGAUACAUGGCAGUACUUUGUGCACCGAUACAUGCAUCAAAACAAAUUUUUAUACCGCCAUGUUCACUCCCAACAUCACAGACUGGUUGUCCCUUAUGCAAUAGGAGCCCUUUAUAAUCAUCCUCUUGAGGGUCUUCUUCUUGACACUUUUGGCGGGGCAAUCUCAUAUCUUGUCUCGGGGAUGACUGCGAGAACAGCCGUUGCAUUCUUCUGCUUCUCGGUCAUCAAGACUGUUGACGAUCACUGUGGACUCUGGUUGCCUGGCAAUAUCUUCCACUUGUUCUUUGAGAACAACACAGCUUAUCACGACAUACAUCAUCAACUACAAGGGUUGAAAUAUAAUUAUUCUCAACCAUUUUUUCCCAUAUGGGAUAAACUUCUUGGGACAUUCAUGCCAUACAGCCUUGUAAAGCGGCCUGGAGGGGGGUUUGAGGCAAGGGCAGCAAAGGACUAGUUAGACUGUAAAAAAGUUAGUCUUGUGUGUAAUCGCUCAUACUCUCACUUCUGAUGGGUUCUAUUUUAUCAGAGCCUGGUUCAUUCAUGAGUUACGUUUGUUGAUCACAAACGCUAGGCCUCGCUGUGGAAAUAUAAUCCCAAGUCGUUUGGUCGCUUCAUCACUCUUGUUAAGUUCAUUUGGUCAUGUAAGCUUUGCAAUUCCAUUCUAAUGCGGUAGCGUAAAUGAUAUGGAUAGAGCCUCUCAUCAUCAGGGUGGCUUUGGUGUAUUUAAUUUAUGAACGUGAGAGUUGCUAACAGAGUAUCAAUUUGUCA